AACAGGGGGCAGCAGAGAGCUUUUGAAACCACAGAACAAGACGGGUGGUCCCGUGACUUUUUAAGGGAAAGCCGCUGAGCAUCUCAGAACCGGCUGUCCGAACCUGAGUUUUUCGGUCCGGGUAGAGACGCGGCAAGUACCCGGAACCGCUCGCUCUUAGGCUGCAGGUGACGUGGUUCUGUUUGUGUUGACAGAAAAGAACCGACUUGGUUCCGUCCAGACAAGACGACGACAGAAAGGAAGGUGAGUCCUCUCCAGGGAUGGGGGGGCCGGUCUCUGCUGGUCUUCCUGCGCUGCUGCUGCUCCUGUUCCUGCUGACCAAUGCAUCAGAGUCCAGCGUGUGUCUGACCGCGCCAGAGUCGAUCACCCUGCAGGAAAACUCGACUGGCUCCAUCACCCUUACCUCCAGUUCAGCUCUGAACAGCUCAGCCGUCAUUCACCUGAAUGUGACCUACAGCUCCAAGCAGAACUUCUCCUCCAUCAUCACUCUUCCUGACCAGCUGCUGCUACCUGCUGGGUCCACAUCGCUCACCUUCAAUGUGACGGCACAUGAAGUUGGUCAGGUAACCUCUUACCUACUCAGCAAUAGCACAAGCCUCCCCAGCUGGUCUGUGCGGAUCCGCUUCAUGGUGAUCCACAGCAAUGUUCUGUCUGUGCUGAGUCAUGUGAUCGGCUGGAUCUACUUCGUGGCCUGGUCUGUGUCCUUCUACCCUCAGGCCUGGGAGAACUGGAGGAGGAAGAGUGUCGUAGGUCUCAACUUUGACUUCCUGGCUCUGAACCUGACCGGCUUCAUCGCCUACAGCGUCUUUAACAUCGGCCUCUUCUGGGUUCCGUAUGUUCAGGAGGAGUUUCUAAAGACCAACCCCAAUGGGAUCAACCCCGUCAACGCCAACGACGUCUUCUUCAGCAUCCACGCUUUUCUGCUCUGCGCGGUCUACGUCUGCCAGGCCGCCAUCUACGACAGGGGGGACCAAAAGGUCUCCUGGACGGCAUUGCUGCUGCUGCUGAUUGGGUGGACAUUCGCCUUAAUCAGCCUCUUUCUGGCUAUAGCCAAGCAGAUCACCUGGCUGGAUUACCUCUACUACUUCUCCUACAUUAAGCUAGGAGUCACUCUGGUCAAGUACAUCCCACAGGCGUACAUGAACUACAGGAGGAAGAGCACAGAGGGCUGGAGCAUUGGAAACGUCCUGCUGGACUUCACAGGAGGAGUCCUGAGCAUCCUGCAGAUGAUUGUGCAGUCCUACAACAAUGAUGAGUGGCGGCUCAUAUUCGGGGACCCAACAAAGUUCGGCCUGGGUCUGUUCUCCGUGGUGUUUGACAUCAUCUUCAUCACACAGCAUUACUGCCUCUACAGGAUACCGCGGGACUAUGAAGCAGUUCCAAAUCAAGGGGACCAGUGAUGCAUCCAGAACCCAGGAUCUCUGUUGACUUGAAUAUCAUUUGUCCCGGGGGCAGGGCCAGUAGAACCGCAGGUUUCUGCGAGCUCUCUGAGACUUUUUUGAGGAUAAAUCAGAUCUUUCACGAACUGGAUUCAGUUCAAAUGCACUUUAAUAAAAAGGGAGAAGCUUUAA